GGGUUGCUGGUCUUUAUGAUUACGGACCACCCGGCAGUGCAUUACAAGCCAACAUACUAGAUUUAUGGCGUCGACAUUUUGUCUUGGAAGAAGAUAUGCUCGAAGUCGACUGCACAAUUAUGACACCCUCGGAUGUGCUAAAAACCUCGGGUCACGUGGACAAAUUUGCUGAUUGGAUGGUCAAAGACCCAAAGACUGGUGAAAUAUUUCGUGCUGAUCAUUUGGUUGAAGCGACUCUCGAGGCGAGAUUAGAAGGAGAUAAACGAGCGAGCGCUUCAGAAUUGGAUAAUGUUCCUAAAGAUGCUGAUGAUAAAUCCGCCGAACAAGACAAGAAAAAAAGAAAGAAGGGUAAAGUGCAGGCAGUAAAGUUGAGUGAUCCGGUGAAGGCUGAAUAUGAAGAAAUUUUAGCAAAGAUUGACAAUUACACUGGCCCGGAACUGGGAGAACUGAUGCAUAAGUAUAACAUAAAAAAUCCAGAGACCGGUGGUGAUCUUACCGAGCCAGUCGAAUUUAACUUAAUGUUUGAGAGUAGCAUUGGACCAACUGGUGGUCUGAAAGGAUAUCUACGUCCUGAAACUGCACAAGGACAAUUCCUUAAUUUCAAAAGACUUUUAGAGUUCAAUAAUGAAAAGAUGCCUUUCGCUUCUGCUUCGAUCGGUCGUUCUUUUAGAAAUGAGAUUAGUCCAAGAGCUGGACUUCUUCGAGUCAGAGAAUUUGUGAUGGCAGAAAUUGAACAUUACGUUGACCCACUAAAAAAAGAUCAUCCUCGAUUUAACGAG